AUGGCGCUGCUGUCGCAGGCAUGGGGGUGGCUGUCCCGCCCAUUUCGGGCAUCGCACGUCCCGCUCAACACUGCGGCGCACACCCGCGCAGCCGGCGCAGACGCGUCCAUGGACGUCAACGUGCCCAAGCUCGGCCGGUCCUGCACGGGCUCCGAGUUUGUGCAGCGCGUGUGCCAGGUCGCAGACGCUGUACUGGCACACCACGUGAAGGGCCGGAACCGCGUGGACUACACUGCAGUGGCGAACAGCGACGCGUUUGUCAACUGGAAGGCGAUUGCGUUCCAACUGCAGUCGCUGCAGCUGAGCCAGCUCUCGCACGACGAAACCAUGGCCCUCUUCAUCAACGUGUACAACAUGGCCACCGUGCACGCGAUCAUCCACUUGGGCGGCGACCGCUUCUCCGGCGUGCUCACGGUUCCAAAGUUCUGGAGCACCUACGGCUACCUCAUCGGCGAUCACUUUUUCUCCCUCGACGACAUGGAGCACGGCAUCCUUCGAUGCAACCGGGCGCACCCCUCCUCCAAGCGGCGGACGUUCUGGCCAACGUCUGAUCCUCGCGUCGCCUUCCUGCCCACACGCUUUGACCACCGUAUCCACUUUGCCCUCGUCUGCGGCGCACGG